AUGGAAAGUCCAUUUUAUAGUGCAACGGAACAUUUUCAAAGAAAACGCUGCGACGAGCUAGAGCAUGGUAUUGCUAUUAAUAGCCAGUGUCGCGUCAAUCAAUAUCCGGUGAUCGAGGGACUGGCUCGCUCUCCCAGCCUAAAUUCUUCGCCCUAUGGUGACACUGUUGCGGUAAAAAGCGGUUCUGACUCUUGCUUCCGAAUACGAUAA